AUGCUACAAGCCGAAGCCGGGGAUGGGUCAUCGCUAUAGUAACAGUAUCUCUCCUCUACCAAGAUCCCACCUCGUUGUCUUUGCUGCCAGAUGCUUCGUUUCCCAGGUCGUCUUUAAACGCUAACAUAGAUGAUUGGCUCACCGAGACAAUGUCAGAGUCGGUGCCUUCGCCGCGUGUCACAGAGUCAAGGCAUGCUGGAAAGGAGAUGGAGCGCGAAAAUUUGCGGCUCACCGAAGAAAGUCAGUUCAAAUCGCUAUGGAAGCAAGAACCGCGUCUCAGAGAAGAGAUGCACAGAUUCUGGGAGUGGGGCUAUGCGGACCUGGACGAUCCCCAUUGCACAAGAUUAAGCUGGAGGUGGUGGAUAUGGCGCAUUCCUGCGCUCUAUCUAGUCACUGCGCCUAUAGAUGAGGCGGGCAGACCAGACUCGGAAGGCCCGCGAUUGCAUGUUCGCUCGCACCCCCUCGCCAUGGCCUCCUUUAGGGGACUUCCAUCCCCGGAGGAGCUGGUUCGCCUGUUGCGCCCGCCUUCUGACAGCACAUCUUUUACGAAGACGUCGGCUAGACACGCUCAAGAUGCGCAAUGGCUGCGAUUGAAGCCAUGGAGAUCGCGCUUUUCGCCUUAUGGACGCACAUCUUCAGAGAGGUCUUUGGAAGCCAUACCUCGACUUUUCGGAGAAGUCAGCUCAACGGCGCUACCAGGCAUCAACUACGUGCCGAGCUGGGCCUGGACAGCCCUUUCUACGGGAUUUUGCACGCUUUUACUUCGCUUCUUGCAUGCGCGCAACAGGAUGCCCCGCACAAGCCCACGUAACACGCCUGCACGCCGGGCAGGCAGCAGCAGGACACAACGAUGAUUCCGUCCGUUUCGCGUCAAGAGCAGAUCGACUCCUAACUUCUCGCUGAGAUUACCGAUCAAUCUGACAGCACCAAUCCGCCCACUGGCCUUCACUGUCACAUGAGAGCAGCCAGUCAUAGCAUACCCACGAUUGGUGGUCAGCAGUCGAACAUGAUCUUUGUCGUUCGUUUCUAUCUGGCUCCUCUGCACUUCCUUUGCUUCCUUGUGUCUUUGGAGAGGACGA